AUGAUCAGAUGGGCUGCUGGAAGGAGUAAGGCUGCCUCUGCCUCGUCCUUCUCCAGGGCUGGGUUAGGGGCUCGUUUUGGUUCUGGGACCAGCUCCAGACUAAGGCCAUCACUGCUUUCCUCCCUGUCUUUGCCUCUCCUGGUUGCCCUUGUGGUUUUCUCAUUCUUACCUGGGGCAGCCUGCCAUCAGCUGAGCAGAGACAGACUGAGGCUCGCCAACCCACGAACUCUGAGGGUCCCACUGAACAUUUCGGAGACUGAGUUUGUCUCUAGGUCCAGGGCCACUGGGGGCCCACUGGGUGGGACUGGGGGAUCGCAGGGUAGGCAUGUGCGCAGCUACAAUCAUCUCCAAGGGGACAUCCGUAAGAGGAAGCUGUUCUCUUUCCAGAAGUUUUUCCUGAGGAUCGAUAAGAAUGGAAAGGUCAAUGGGACCAAGAGCAAGGAUGACCCCCUCAGUAUUCUGGAAAUCACAUCGGUGGAUGUGGGAGUGGUGGCCAUCAAAGGGCUGAACAGCAACUACUAUCUGGCUAUCAGCAGGAAGGGAGAGCUGUACGGAGCGAGAGAGUUCGGUGUCGACUGCACCCUGAAGGAGCGGAUUGAGGAGAACGGCUACAACACAUAUGCGUCAGCCAAGUGGAGGAACAAGAAGAGGCAGAUGUUUGUGGGUCUGAAUGUCCACGGGAAGCCACUGAGAGGGAAGAAAACCCGCAGGAAGAACACGGCAACCCACUUCCUUCCAAUUAUGGUGUGAACUGGAGAACUUAACUGGAGAAGGAGGAUAUGCAGCACUGG